UGAAAGUGAGGCAAUGUUUGGGUUAUUCACUAAUGAAUGUAAUAAUCAUUGAAUGACUGUUUGAAUGACUAAUCAUUGCAUUCAAUGACCAAAUAAUUGACUGAUUUGUCUGUUGAAGACAUUAAAUGUAAAUACUUUUGUGACAAUUGUUUGCAUUGACAGCGAUGUCAUUGUUUGAUAGUAUUAUUUGGCGAUAGUUUGGUAUUAAUAUUAAGAAUUCAUUUGAAAUGAUUGUUGAAGUGAUUAGUGAUUAUUUGUUGACAAUCUUGUGGGCAAUCAUUCCCUCCUUUUUUCUCGUCUUAUUGUUGUCACUGGUCUUCGCAUCGCUCGGACUGUCCAUUGGUUUUCGUAAACUUUAUAUUUAUAUUUUGCUGACAAUCUUUGAGUUUGGUCGCAAAAAGAUAGAAACGGCAGAAAAACGCAAAAGUGAAGACUUGGAUGACAACUAUGAAACGUCCAAAUAUAAUGUCGUCAACUCUAUUGGUGCUAAAAUUGUCGAUUCAAACGGUGGUAAUAAUAAUGACUCGGAGGAAGACUCGAAACAUCAGUCUUUGCAUGAAAUGGAGAUCAAAAUGAAUGGCGAGAAGAAAGAGUUUCAUUUGUCUGAUGGCAUCAAUUUUAUUAAACUCGGCAUUCAAUCCAUUGUUGACGAUGAGGUCACCAAAAGGUUUGCUGCUGAAGAACUUCUGUCUUGGAAUCUGUUGACCCGAACCAAUCGAAAUUAUCACUAUAUAUCGAUGCGAUUAACCAUUUUAUGGGGAAUCGGAUGUCUUAUACGAUACUUAAUUCUUUUGCCGACAAGAAUUAUAAUUACAAUAAUUGGUGUGUUUUGGUUGGUGUUGUGCACAGCAGUCAUCGGUUGUAUUCCCGACGGAUGGCUUAAAAGGACUAUCUAUUGGAAUGUUAGUCUAAUGUGUUUUCGUAUACUUUCGCGAGCCUUCUCUGGUAUUGUCACAUAUCAUGACAGAUAUAAUAUGGCUAAAGAGGGAGGCAUUACAGUUGCUAACCAUACCAGUCCUAUUGAUGUGGCGAUCUUAGCCUGUGAUAAUUGUUAUGCAUUGGUUGGUCAAAGACAGGGUGGGUUUUUAGGUGUACUUCAGCGGGCCUUAGCCCGGGCCACUUCUCAUAUAUGGUUCGAAAGGUUUGAAAUUAAAGAUCGAGAACUUGUCACUCGAAGACUUAGAGAGCACGUCGAAGAUCCAAAUAAGUUGCCAAUACUUAUCUUUCCUGAGGGCACUUGUAUUAACAAUUCAGCCGUAAUGAUGUUCAAGAAGGGAUCGUUCGAAGUCGGCGGCAAAAUAUAUCCGGUGGCCAUCAAAUACGAUCCAAGAUUUGGUGAUCCAUUUUGGAACAGUAGUAAAAAUGGUUAUAUGUAUUACUUAUUGAUGAUGAUGUCCAGUUGGGCCAUUGUUUGUCACGUUUACUAUUUGCCUCCAAUGAUUAGAAAUGAAAAUGAAAGCGCCGUUGAGUUUGCCCAACGAGUAAAGUCCGAGAUUGCAAAACGUGGCGGACUUGUAGACCUACAAUGGGACGGACAGCUCAAGAGGAUAGAAGUUAAGGCCGAAUGGAAACAACAACAACAACACGAAUACAGCAAACGUAUUAAAAUCAGUUGAAAGCCAAUUAUUAACAGUAUUUACAUUUUAUUAUUUAUUUUACGAACAAAUUUUAUUUAUUACUACUGAAAGACAU